AUGGCAUAUUUCUUGAUCAUGAUUUUGUAUAAUCUGCCCAAUUACGUCGCGGGGCAUAACAGCAGUGUGACGAUAAUCAACUGCGCCAUCAUCCUGCCGCAGUCCAACACCCGUUGGCUACCCUUUGAGUACGACAAACUAGCGCCGGCGUUCAAUCUGGCUUUCGCCAAAGCGGAAAAGAUAUAUAAUGUGCGGUUUAAGCCGUAUGUCGGAUUGUAUGCGAAUUACUGUAACGAUAGUCAGGCGCUGGGUCAAGCCGUCACAGCCCUGCAGCACCAUCCCGUCCAGGUUUUUUUCGGACCGGCAUGUCACGAUGAACUAACGGCGGUUAGUAAGCUGGGGACGUUUUACAAUAUUACCGUGAUGUCAGGCGGCGGCAGCUUUGCGGGAUCGCUCUCGGCUUAUCCAUAUACACCCCGCCUCGCGUAUAAUAUGAUUGACCAGUGGUCACUGUUUCUCUUAAUGUGCGCGCAGUUCAAGUGGAAAAACGUGGCGGUAGUAUACGAUGAUGAUCGGGAAAGUGCAACUGCUGGUAUCGUCCAGAAAAACGCAGAAGGUUUGCUGCGUUUGCUCAAGGGCAAAAAUCUCAAGCCUACCGAGAUUAUUUAUUCAUUUCCCAGAGGUUUCAACGUCUCAGUCGAUCCGUCACAGCUUGAUGGGAUACUGCGUGAAGGCAGUAAAAAUGCUCGAGUGAUGGUUCUCAUGACCGACUUCCUCAAGCUCCGCUAUUACAUGAUUCAAGCUAGACGCCAGGGUAUGUGCAACGGGGAUUAUGCUUUCUUCGCCGCCGAUCUUCUCAGGAAUAAUAUUCUAAAGACCAAUAAGUCAUGGAUUAUGAACGAUACCUACGAUGCCGAAGCCGAAGCGGCAUUCCAGUGUCUAUUUGUUAUCGCUCUACGGGAUUCCCGAAAAGAUGUUUCGCACCUAAUAUUCCGGCAAGAGAUAUCCAAGUACAGCAACGAAAAACCAUACGGAUUCGCUGAUAUUGGCGUGGAUUAUAUCCUUUUCUUCCGUAUUUAUAAUAUUUAUAUCAGGACUAUAAUUCCAGGGACACCCAUAGGGCUUAGCAUUUUGUGA